UUUCUCGAACUCAUGUCGGCCGGAGCCGCCUCAGCCCGAGUCUGUCCGGAAAGUGCCGAAGGUCCGCCGGGGUCUCGCGCAGUCCCCGCCGGAAGGCGCAGCGCGCUUGCGCAGAGCACAGUAACUGCCGGUUGGUGGCUGGUGCUCCGCAGUGGGGAGCGCGACGGGUAGGGACUGAAAGCCGGUGCCGGCAGCCGAGACCGCUGCAGCGACAGGCCCGCGGGGAGCGGAAGGCACCGGGCGCAGUCAUGUCUGUGGUCGGCAUCGACUUGGGCUUCCUCAACUGCUACGUCGCGGUGGCGCGGAGCGGCGGUAUCGAGACCAUCGCCAAUGAGUACAGCGACCGCUGCACCCCAGCUUGUAUAUCUCUAGGAUCCAAAACCCGGGCCAUAGGGAAUGCAGCAAAAAGCCAGAUUGUCACAAAUGUAAAGAAUACGUUACAUGGCUUCAAAAAAAUGCAUGGAAGAGCAUUUGAUGAUCCUUACAUACAAGGUGAAAGGGUCAGACUUCCCUUUGAGCUUCAAAAGAUGCCAAAUGGGAGUGUAGGACUGAAGGUGCGAUACCUGGAUGAAGAGAGACCAUUUGCAGUUGAACAGGUUACAGGAAUGCUAUUGGCCAAGCUUAAAGAGACUUCAGAAAGCGCACUAAAAAAACCGGUGGCAGACUGUGUGAUUUCUGUCCCUAGUUUCUUCACUGAUGCUGAGAGAAGGUCUGUAAUGGCAGCUGCGCAGGUUGCAGGUUUAAACUGUCUGAGGCUGAUGAAUGAAACUACAGCAGUUGCACUAGCUUAUGGAAUUUAUAAGCAAGAUCUACCAGCCUUGGAGGAGAAACCAAGAAAUAUAGUCUUUGUAGAUAUGGGGCAUUCUGCAUACCAAGUUUCAGUUUGUGCUUUUAACAAAGGAAAACUGAAAAUCUUGGCUACUGCUUUUGACCCUUUUUUGGGCGGCAGAAACUUUGACGAGGCUUUAGUAGAUUACUUCUGUGGGGAAUUCAGGACAAAAUAUAAACUGAAUGUGAAAGAGAAUGCUCGGGCACUGCUGCGCUUGUAUCAGGAAAGUGAAAAGCUGAAGAAACUUAUGAGUGCAAAUUCUUCUGACCUCCCACUCAACAUUGAGUGCUUCAUGGAGGAUCUUGAUGUCUCCAGUAAGAUGAACAGAGCUCAGUUUGAACAGUUAUGUGCUCCUCUCAUAGCUAAAGUGGAACCUCCUCUAAGAACAAUAAUGGAUCAAGCUAAACUACAGCGUGAAGACAUAAGCAGUAUAGAAAUUGUAGGCGGAGCCACUAGAAUCCCAGCAGUGAAGGAACAAAUAUCUAGGUUCUUCUGUAAAGAUAUAAGCACUACGCUGAAUGCAGAUGAAGCUGUCGCAAGAGGUUGCGCAUUACAGUGUGCAAUUCUCUCCCCAGCAUUUAAGGUGCGUGAAUUUUCCAUCACUGAUGUUGUUCCUUAUUCAAUAACUCUAAGAUGGAAGUCCUCUUAUGAGGAAGGAACUGGGGAAUGUGAAGUUUUCAGUAAGAACCAUGCUGCUCCAUUUUCAAAAGUUAUUACUUUCCACAAGAAGGAACCUUUUGAUCUGGAAGCAUAUUAUACCCAUCCAAAUGAAAUACCUUAUCCUGAACCCAGAAUAGGGCUUUUUGCUAUUCAGAAUGUUGGUCCUCAGUAUGACGGUGACAAUUCCAAAGUGAAGGUUAAAGUACGUGUCAAUGUACAUGGAAUUUUCAGUGUGGCUAAUGCAUCAGUAAUAGAGAAGCAAAAUGUGGAAGGAGAUCACAGUGAUGUACCUAUGGACGCAGAAUCAUCAUGUAAGAAUCAAGGCAAAGAUGAUGAGCUGGAUAAAAUGCAGGUUGACCAAGAGGAAGGCAAUCACAAAAGCCAGGCAGAACAGCCAAGCCAAGCAGAUGAGGAAAGUGAACAACAUGGAGGAACUGAAACAAAGACCGCUUCAGGAGACAAGCCAGAUCAUCUAGCCCAGCCUGUUAAAGCUAAAGCGAAGAUCAAAAGUAUUGAACUACCUAUCCAGGCUAGUCUGUAUAAACAAUUGGGGCAGGACCUUAUCAAUAGCUACAUAGAAAAUGAGGGGAAGAUGAUGAUGCAAGACAAGCUAGAGAAAGAAAGAAAUGAUGCUAAGAAUGCUGUUGAAGAGUAUGUGUAUGAUUUCAGAGACAAGCUGUGUGGUAUCUUCGAAAAAUUCGUCACUGAGGAAGAGUCCAGUAAACUGACCUUAAUGUUGGAAGAUACAGAAAACUGGCUUUAUGAAGAUGGGGAGGACCAACCAAAACAAGUAUAUAUGGAUAAACUUCAGGAAUUAAGAAAAUUUGGUCAGCCUAUUCAGGAAAGGUUCGUGGAACAUGAAGAGAGACCAAAAGCUUUAAAUGACCUGGGAAAGAAGGUCCAGCUUCUAAUGAAAGCAGUAGAAGCAUUCAAAAAUAAGGAUGAAAAAUAUGAUCAUCUAGAUCCUGCGGAAAUGGAGAAAGUUGAAAAGUAUAUCAGUGAAGCCAUGAAUUGGUUGAACACCAAAAUGAAUGCCCAGAAUAAACUAAGUCUGACUCAGGAUCCAGUUGUGAAGGUGGCAGAAAUACUAGCAAAAUCUAAGGAAUUGGAUAGUUUCUGUAACCCUGUUAUUUACAAGCCUAAGCCAAGGAUGGAGCCCCCAAGUGAAGCUCAGACAAAAGCCAAUGGUGAACACAACGGACCAGUGAAUGGACAGAGUGGUGCUGAAGCAAAACCAGAUCCAGCAAAGGACAAUUCUCAGCAGACCAAACCAUCUGGAGAAAUGGAAGUGGACUAAAUUUUACAUAUUUCUUUCCACUUAAUUAAAAUAGUGCAAGUAACUACAGGGUCCAUUCUUCUUUUAUGUCUGACACCACUACAGAUGUUCAGUUAUUCUUAGCUAACUUUCUGUUCUUUGCAGUAGUUUUGAGCGUGUUUUAUAUUGAGUGCCCUCCAGUGUUCAUUUCCAUUGAUGCUGCUUAUGUGGAGCUUUAGCCGAAUAUAGAUUGUAAAAGUCAGUUUAAGCUUUCCCAAUAUAUUUUAUAUCAAACAUACAGAAUUGAUAUAUAAAUAGCAACAAUCUACCUUAUUUAAAGCUUUUAUUGUGGAUAAACCUCAGUUCCUUUAUUCAGAAAAGGACACUGUAUUGCACUACUGAUGCUCAAGUGUAGAUUUAAUUGCAUCUUUAUUUUGGAAAAAUAUUGGAAUUGAAGUGGUGUAAAUAUUGCCACUUGAAGCACUGACCUUUUUUCUAGUUAUUGUACUGUUAUUUAAAUAUAGGUUAGCUAGUAUACUAGUCCAUCUUGUUGAUGAGAACUGUAUGGUCUUUAUAUUUUUUCAUAUAAAACAUACAAGCUUAGAGAGAAUUUUCUUAAUUUGAGAAUUAAGAACAAAUAAUUAUAAAAUAAUACUGGUAAAUUGGCUGUGUCAUUUGUUCAAAAUAAUAUUCUUGGUUGGCCUCUUCAUACACUUGCACCAUAUGUACCUGUGCUCAUGGUAGACUGAUACUAGAGUUACAGUAGAACGCAAAGUUAGUCCUUGCCAAUUCUAUUUUUUUUUUGGUACUUGUUACUUCUGGUUUUAUUGGCUAGAUUUCCUAUCAAUUAAAGCCAAUACAUGUUUUUCCUCAAACAGCCCAUCUUAUACACCCUUACAGGAGAAAUGGUUUUAAAAAAAACAAAACAAAACCCCAAACCCUAAUAUUGCUUCCUAAACUGGCUUUUAGCAUAAUUUUGAGGUGUGGAUUUAAAUCCUUUACAUUACUGAAAAUUUGAAAUGAAAGCAGAAGGGAUUAUUUACACUAUAAUUUGCAAAUGAUCUUUAUGAUGAGGGAUGUUAAUAGGCAACAAGUACAUGAAUUAUGUGUAGGAGAUGUAUCAUUCCUGACAAAUCCAAGCAGAUUUAGAAGUGUUGAGAAACCAAGUUUAUUUCAAAUAUAUAUUAAACUGAGAUCAACCUAUGUGAAUUUAACUAGUAAAAAUCUACAGCCUUGUCCAAUAUAAGUUGGAGAUCUUAUAAUUUAAAAAAAUGGCACCACUAUCAAAAUACUCCAUAAUAAUGAGGAAGACAUGCAAAGAGCAGUCAUGACUUGCUUUCAAAUGUUGUCUUGUCGAGCUAAUGGGCUAGAGGGAAAAACCUCUAAUCUUUUACAUUAACCUAGGAAACAGUUUAAUUUGAAAUGGGAGUAGUAAUGUGUUUUGAAUCAAUCUUUGGUGAAUCCUUUCCCUAAAUUUUCCUGAGGUAAAUUCUGACAUGAUUAGAUGGUCACUGUCAUAUGCAGUGUUGACACUCAGGAAAGUGCAGGUGUUGUAGCACUUGCUAGAAAAAAAAUCCCUACCAGAGACUGAGAUGAGGCCAUAAAAAUGUUAACUGCCUGUGAUCAAGUCCAGCUCCAAAUAGUACAUUUAAACUACUUUGCCAUCUCGUCCCACUGUUUUUGAUCACACAUUCCAAAAGUAAGUUCUUCAGUGUCUUUAUUCUGGGUUAAGCUUGUUACUGCUGUAGCUUGACUCUAAGCAAAGAUGUAAAUGAAUGCCCUAAAAGAGAGAGUUGAAAGCCUGACAAGUGCUUACACAUUCCACUGGUAUAUUAAGGAGUAACACACAAAAGGGGAAGACAGUACCCCAGACUGCAUUUUGACUGCAGUUCUUUCAGGGGAACUGUCUGUCUUUUGUAGGAUUUGAUAGUUCAUAUGGUCUUGACAAACUAUCCAACAGAAGAUAAAUACUAUCUUCACCCUCAAAACAAGUUUAACAAAUUACAUAAAGAUGUACUGCUGUAAGUCACAGCAAUAAUAAAAAUGUUGAUGUAAUACAAAAGGCUGAAGCUAACUAGUUAACCUUUUGUUUUUAAGAGACAUUUAGGUUUUCUACAUUAAAGAUGUAGAAUGACUCACAUGUAAAGUGAAACUUUACAUAUAUUUUACUGAAGGGGAAUAGAUUUUACCAUUUUUGUCUUUAAGAUUUCAAAAAUUCAGACCUUCAUUGCAAAAUCUUAAUUCCCCCAAGAUGAAAAAAAUUGACCUUAUUUAAAUUCUAACUGUCCUUCUGAAAUAGGAUUUAAAGUAGUUUUUCCACACUUCCUAAUGUUCACACAGUUGGUUGUCAUUUUCCCCCUCCUCCCCCCCAGCUACAGUACUUCCUAAGUUAACAAAUGUAUGACAACAUAGUUCAGCUUUGCAUCUUACAUCCCAGUUGUAUCUGGCAUGGCCUUACUUCAGCAGUACUGACUGGUAUUCCAAUAAUAUGUCACAAUCUGCUAGAAUGUCAAUUUUUGAAUAUAAGGAAAUUAACUAGAGGUAAAAGUUCACUGAGGAAAAAUACCUGUUAGAGGCCUUGAGACAAAGUAGCAAAAAUAAAAAGCCAUAAAAAUGUUUGUAUGGUUUCCAGAUUGAUUAUAAAAGUUUCUAUAACAUCAAAAGCAUAAGAAAGAGGCACUUUAUAUAUAAAGUAUAAAUGUAAGGACAAUAAAUAUUUGAAGGGUUGUACAAAAUGAUCUUAAAUUGACAAGGUUCAUAUAACAAUUAUGUAGAGUAUUCUAAACACUUUCUGCUACUUACCUGUGCUCUCCCUCAGUCUUUUCUAGGUUUAUGAUGGUAAUGGUCUGCAGAAAAUAAGGAUAUUAUCCAAAAGUCUGUCAACACUGGUACAACUUCUAGAUUUAUUCCAUGAGUAGCAGUUGGUUACCAGGAGUUAAAGUUCACCCUUCUGACAGUCUUGGGUUAAAACUUGUAGUCUCUAACUUUGAAAGCUUCAAAAGUGUAUUGUGGAUAUUACUGAUAUUCUAGCAGGAAAUCUUACCCUAGCACAAAUUUUGAAAGGACUCCUUGAGAUCCAUAGAAUAACUGCUAGUAAUAAAAAUGGCCACACUUUUUCAGAAUCAUUUAUAUUGGCACACUUGCCAGCCCUAAGAACAAGCUAUCAUCGUAGGCAAUGUGACACACCAUUAGAAUGAUACACUUUGAGUGCACAGUACUCUAGCAAUAGUGUAUUUAGACUGUCCUGGCCUUAUGUUUAUGCAAUGAAAGAAGGAGAUGGCUAGAACUUAAAUGCUGGUAUCUUAACCUCGAUUUUUUUUAUAGCAGUUCACACAUCUGAUCUGUUUUAGAAGACCACUUAAGUUUUUUUCCUGCAAGGGAAGAGGCAGAUGCAGCAGUGCCUGUAAAAAUGGCAUGGACUUUCUAGAUCCAGUGGGAGUCUGUUUUAUGGAUGUAUCAAAAAAGUGAUCAGAGAAUGGCUUUCAAAAACGAUCUUGAUUAAAGUUUAUUAGCUUAAUUCCAUACAAUAGCUUAAAAUACUGAAAAAUAAAACUUUACAUAAACAUACUGGUAAACAGAACUACAGAGCGAACAUUGUAGAAGGCAGAAUGUGUGGCUUUUCAUUAGAUUGAUCAAAAAAACCAAGAGCUUUGGUUUACAGUUUAUUAUGGAGUCAUGAAAACAACUAAUUGACUUUAGUUCAAAACUUUUUGUAUCUUACUGGCUUUCUUAAUCUAGAUUUGCAUCAGUUUUUGAAAUGCACUAGCAAGAGGCUCUUCUUUUUAAGCUCUGCUUCACAAUCAAAUAUGUCCAUUGGUUCAUUAUACAGGAAUCUUAGAUUAUAAACAAAUGGACUGAAAAAACAAUUUUAGAAUUAGUUUCCCAACUUCUGAUUAAACAAACUGAUUCUACUGCCCUCUUCCUUUGUCCGUUAUUAACCCUUUGACUACCUUGGUCAUUUUGGUCUGGCACCCACACAAGUUGCUGAAUGGGAUUAAAGAGGCUUUCCUUUCUUCCAAUCUCUGAAUUCUCUAUUUGAUAGUUAAAGCAUUGUGCUUCUGUACAUACCUGAAAUUUACAGCAGGAAACUUAAGCAUACGGCAGCUGUGGCAACACUUUACACCUCCUUUGAAGUACCAGUGACUGAGGGUAACUUAGGUCACUGUUACACAGCCUACAAAGGUGAAGCUGAGGUGUAUCAUAACAGAGUUGGAACUCCACAGCACGAGUGCCUGUUACAACUUACAUAUGCAGUGAGGGGUGGUUUGAUACUUCAGAGUGAAAGGAGGUUGUUAGUCUAGCCAUCAACCUGUGGCUUUAGCUGUUACUUUUUCAAACGAUGGUCCAAUGGUUUCCGCUAUAGUCAAUUUAUUUAACAUAGGCUGAAAAAGUUGAACACUUCCCUGUAUUUCUUUCAGUGUUUUAGAGCACUCCAUAUCUAAGUAUUCAGCUCUGAACAAGACUCAAAUAUUGCAUAUUUUUGAUAUCCUUUCUCCCCCCUGUUGUUGAAUGGAAAUCACUGAGCAGGGUCCUUUUUUCCUGAGUUGGACUAACUGCAUGGUCUUACCCAGGCCCCACUCCUGCUCUUCCCUCAAAAAGACCCUCCCCUUUUGAUCACAAAAUUCUUUCCUGUCACCCUGGCUUUACAAUCUGUACUCUGCUCCAAUUUCUUCACAGAUCAACCUUGAACUGUAAAUGUCUAAAAUGUCUAGGUUACAGUUGUGGGAGCAAGUUUGUUGAUCUGCUUCAGAGAAGGCAGCAGAUCUUACAGGACAUUGUUCUAAUUUCAUUCGUAGCAGCCAGGAUAGCUAUGACCUCCAUCCUUCAGCAGGACUUCUAGCUCCAAAAAAAACCACCACUGAUUAUUCAAUUGAAUUUCCAUCUUGGAGGAAAUUAAGCACCACUUUUCUCACUUAUACCUGCUUUGCUUUAUUAUGUGUAGGCUUUGCAUUGUGUGUUAUGCAUCUCUGACACCUUCCUAUAUGUACCUUUUUCCUUCAAUUUUAAGGUAUCCCACCUUUCCUGGGUUUAGGCUUUAACUUUCAUUUCCUAUGUCAGAGCCUUAGACCCCUAUUCACAAUUAUCUUUACUUUUUACCUCUUCCCCUCCCCAUUUAACAGAUGGACUCAGACAAUGGUAAGAGAAUUCCCUGCUUGAAAGGCACUAGAUUAACAGCCCUUUAAAUUGAAGUCCCAGUUUAGUUACAGGUAGUGAUAGUGCCUGGCAAGUUUUCUUACACUAUUCUACUGCUUAAUAUCCCUUAACCGAGAGAGAAAUCUUGCUAGUUGUAUUUUUAGUAUCUUUUUCUUAGUACAGUAAACUUUCUAAAAAGCUAUGCAUCAAAACAGUGGUUCUAAAAAAAACCCCCUGAAAACAGAAAACUUGUUACAGAAUAUGGGAAUAAAAAAAUCCUGUUACAAGAGGGGUGAAACGUUGACUAUUCAAGACUUUUCAGUUAAAGGUUAUUUUUCAUUAUACUUUUUUCAUUUGUGACUACAAAACAGCUGGAGUGCAAAUAUAAAUCUUAUAUGCUUUAGAAGAAUAGUAAAGUAAAUAGUAAAGAAUAUUUAAUGUUUGUUUUUCAGUGAAUACUUUAAGAAAAAUUCUGGUGAUCUGGUCAACAGUGUCCAACAAUCCAACAGUUACAUAAAUGAGUAAAAUAACUAGCAUAAUUCCUUUAUAGUUACAUGUGAUAAUCUGAAAUACGCCACCUCAUGAAUAUUUUCUACUUGCUCGAGUUUUGUUGCUACAGUUCUAUUGACCUCACAUAACCAUUAA